UUUCUGCUCAUUCAAUUGGUCCUUAGUAAAUCUGUACCCGCUCAGCGCACCGAGUUAUAAAAAACAAACUGGAUUUUCAACAUGUUACGGAAGUGAGAUAAAGCAACAAUACAGCAGAGAUCCUUAUCUUACUGAGGAUUUGAACUACAUUUAAUGUCUUCCACGACAGCCAGUUUUUAAAUAGAGAUGUCUCCUGAUGAGCUGGUCUACUUGGGAAUUCUCGGUGCCUCCAUCCCCAUCGGGUUUCUCUUCCGGUACCUGAGUCCUCCAGUGAAGCAGGGGGCAGCAUUGCUUUUGGGCCUCUCCAUCACCAUAGCGACCUGUCAGGUUCAUGCUCUCCACUCUCUGGUGACAGUACUGGGAACAUGGGUUAUCAUUAAGAGCAACUGGAGGUGUGCUUCAGCUCUCUCUCUGGGUUGGACCUUCCUCUACCUUCUGUUCUUCAGACUGGUCACAUGGUUUGGUCUGCCAGCGCCAACACCUUUUGCCAACGCCAUUCAGCUACUCCUCACUCUGAAGAUGGUCAGUCUGGCAAAUGAGGUGCAGAAUUUUCAUCUGGAGAAGAAAAAGGAUGUGAGCUCAUUUUCUAAGUCCCCUGUGGUUGGGGGACUGUCUCAAGAGCCCUCCCUCUAUGAAAUUGUAGCCUAUAGCUACUGCUAUGUGGGUAUAAUGACAGGUCCGUUCUUCCGGUUCCAAACCUAUGUGGAUUGGCUGAGGCAGCCCAGCCCCCUGGACCUGCCUGGCUGGGUGCCCUGUCUGAUGAGGCUCAGAUUGGUGCCGGUCUAUGGAGCUCUGUUCCUGACCGCCAACUCCUACUUCCCACUGGCAUAUGUCCGCACCGAAGACUUCCUGGACCAUCACUACUUCUUCAGGUUGUUCUACAUGACAGUGGUGUUCUUUGUGUUCCGAAUGCGGUUCUAUGCUGCAUGGUGUGGGGCAGAGGCUGGCUGUAUCAGUGCAGGACUGGGCUGCUACCCAGAGGGGGCGCUAUCCAAGCCGGGAGGGGGCCCAACUGUCAUCUAUAGCCCCGACCCGAACAGUCCAGUUGUGUACGACUUUAAAACCAUCCAGAACAUUGAUCCAUACAACACUGACUUCUCUGUGAAGGUCCGCCAUGCAAUGCGCUACUGGAACAUGACUGUGCAGUGGUGGCUGCAUCACUACAUCUACCCCAACUCACCUUUCAAGGCCUACGCACUAAAGGCUGGAUGGACCAUGUUCAUCAGUGCCUAUUGGCACGGCCUUCAUGCUGGCUACUACCUGUCCUUCCUCACCAUCCCACUUUGUAUAGCGGCCGAGUCGGCCAUGGAGACGUCAGUCAGGGCCAAACUGGGGCCCCAAGGCCAGAGUGCCUUCGAUUGGGUCCACUGGUUCCUCAAGAUGAGGGCCUUUGACUACAUGUGUAUGGGCUUUGUCUUGCUGAAGGCCAGCGACACCAUCAACUACUGGACCUCAAUCUACUUCAUCAUCCACGUGAUUGCUGUGGCCUGUAUACUGCUGGGGAGGCUGAUGAAAGGAGGAAGGAGGCAGGAUAAGAAGGAGGGGAAAGUUGAUGAUGUGAAGCAAGAGGAUGUGGGAAAGAAGACUGAUUGAUAAUGGAUUGAUUCUUGGGGAUUUGCGGAUGUAUGGGGAGGAUUGCUUUACUAUUGAACUAUAUUUCUCACUAUGCACUGUCUGCCAUAGACCUGUAUGGUCAGUUUAGUUGGGAUUAGACAGGUCCAUUGAUGUUUCCCCUGUCUACUCCUAAACUGACAGCUGACACCCUACUAGGUUUGAUUUGGAGUCACAGUAGAUUUGUGUGUUAGGAUUUCCAUGGACAUGAGACCUCAUUAGAUUUUUAACUGGAUACCUUUUUUUAUUGUUGUAACCUAGUAACAUUUGUCAUGGAGAUAUUUAGUUACAAACCAUGUGUACAUACAGGUAUAAUUGGUUGGAAGAAUGUGAGUGGCACAAAGAUUUUUGGGGAGAGUUAGAUUAUUAUUUUUUAAAUUAUUUAUUAGAUUUUGUUGCAGGAAGAAAUGGCUAGAAAUGCACCAUCUCGUUUUCAGACGGGUCCAAAUCAUUUGAACAUGUACUCCGCAGUUUACUAUUGCUAGAUUAGUCUAAAACCUGAUAGGUACUGAUAUUUGAGAAUGUAUAGAUAAAAAAAAAAUAUAUAUAAACAAAUAUAUAUAUUUGUUAUUGAAAUAAUAACUGAUCUAUAUUUGGGUCUUAGUUUCUGAUAAAAGGGGUGAAAAGGAGUCACUCCAGCACAUUUCGAUACAAAAUGUAAUUAGUCUUUAAAGACUCCAUGGAGCCCUGUUCCAUUGUUUUAAAUGUUCAUUGUUAUGUAGUUUAUUCUCCUGUUCUCCCUCCACAGUGAUCUACAUGCCUUUGCAAAUUCCACCCUCCCUGGUAUAAGUAAAAAAAUUAUAAUAAUAACAUCCCUUAACUCCUUAAUAAGGUGCUAUUUACCAUAGAACCAUGUUCUAUGUUAUGAUGUAGAUGACUGUGAGUGAAUGAUAGCAUCACCAAAAAAAGCAAUUAAAGUGUAAAGUAAUAUCAACUGUAAUUAAUUUCUCCCUUGAUUUUGUUAAUUGUUUUAAAGCUUCUGCAUGAAAUUACAAAUCUAGACCGUUGAUAUCUGUGGUCCUAAUUGUGUUGUUGAAUCUAGCCAUAGUGCCAUGUUCUAGAGUGGGGAGGUCGCACCGCACCUUUCUGAGGGUCCACUGAAGUCACUCCAAAGGAUCUCUGUGAUUUCCUUUUGGGUCUUCUCUUUAUAAUGCUUCAAAUUGCAUUCAUGUCAACCCCAUUGUUCUUAUGUAGAAUGAAUGCACCUGCAUUGUUUGUUGUUGCUUGGUCCACCAUUACCUCUUUUUGUUUUCUUUAAGGUCUUUGGUCAUUCAGAUGUCUUACCUGCUGUGCUGUGGACUCUGAUUUAUUGUUCUAUGAAAAUUCAAUAAUAAAAUCAAGUUACAAGGUU